AGUUUUAAAAUGUUUUACAAAAGAGGCUUAGCAAUGAAGUUUUGGAUGCAGUUGCAGUGUUUGAGAGUGUUGCAGCACGUGAUGUGUGUGUGAGCCAUGGAUGAAUUUUGUAUUGUAUUUUGGAAGACGGCGACAUGACGGCCCAGGAGCGCAGCAAUAUUUUCUCAGAUGACGACGAGGACUUGCGGCCGCGGCAGCAGAGCCUCGGCGGGGUUCUUCGUCGCGAAGGCAACUGGAAGUGCUUCAUGCUCACCCUGAUGAUCGCCGGCUGUCUCGGCUCCGUCGCUUGGUGCAACACCGCUGAGAUCGACAGAGACCUCAUUGAUUUUAGCAAUUUUGUGUCCGUCAGGCACCCGAUAAAGCGGACAGUUAGAGAAUCACCCUGCGACGUCGGGUACGCGUACAUCCCCAUUGCAUUCGUCCUGCUCCUCUACUUGGUAUACCUGGUGGAAUGCUACCACAGCACUGCCAGAAUACAGCUGGCGAGGAGGGUGGACGUGGCUGCUGUCAGCGCGAGGGUCCAUGCCAUGAGAAACGCCACGCCUAGAGUUUGGUGGAAGGCAAUAUGCUACCAUUACGUGAGGCGAAAGAGGCAAGUCACGCGAUAUAGGAACGGAGACGCGUAUACUACUACUCAGGUGUACUACGAAAGGGUGAACACUCACAGUGCAAGUACGUCGUUUGCUCACGCUUGCUGUGGUCAGAAAGAUGCGUCCAGGAACUUAGUACUGGACUCCAAGACACCCAUCACUAAAGUGCGAUUUAGCAAGGGUUUCGCCUUCGCUAAUAUUGAAGCUGCUAGCGAAUUCGAAGAUCAAAGAUCAAGAUUUUUCGCUGAACACGAAAGAUUUGAUGACUUCAUGGAAAUGCGUGAAGGUUUGGACCUAAUUGGAGUAAGUUCCUUCAAGGAAUACAUGGUAGCUUAUAGUCAUUUGUAUUACAGGGACGCUGACCGUUGUCCUUGGUACUCGUCACAGCUGCUAUUCUGGACUCUGUCCUGUCUUCUUCUGUCGUGGCCUCUUCGCAUACUUAUAGAGUGUAAUACUGCUUAUGUACAUUAUACGAUUACUAAAAUAUUCGGCACUAACUACGAGUUGGACCCCAGUCGGCAGUUAGACAUUGAUACUCACUUAUCAGACACACUGCCGCCAGUGACUUCCAACAACUACGCGUGGGCGCUCGCUGACGAACAGAGCGCAGUCCUGUGCUCCGCUCCCCGUCCGCCUCGUACCUUGCCCCUCUCACAUGCUUCCACUGUGGACAGUCUCGAACUGUUCGCGGCCAUACGUGGCAACUGUGCCUUAGUACCCUCCUACUCAGAAGCUAUGAGAAUCGACGCUGCACUAAGAGAGGAGCCGGCAGCUGACACCAAUACAGACAAUGCGGCCGCUGGUGUCGUUAUCGACAUGGAACCCGAAGCUAGAUCAUCACCACUUCGAACAGCAAAAGCAGCGUCUUUCGACGAGCCUCCGCGAAGGCCGAAAGUCACUAUCGCUACCACACAUUCUACUCAUAAUAUAUCUGCAACUGCCAGGUCAAACGAAGCUAAGCAACAAAACAGGCGUUCUUGGGCAGGAGUCCUUACAACUGCUCGCAGCGCUAGACAAAUUUUAGAAGAAUUCAGAUCAUCGACAUCGACUACAAGCUACGAACAAAUGCCAGAACCUCAAGUAAGUGAGAACGGAGAAACCACGUUGUAUUUUUCUAGAGAAUUAUCACCUACUUGUUCAAGAGAUCCAUUUGGCGGCCGUGCACAAACUACACCUACUGACGAGCCUCCUUCAUACGAAGAGGCUCUUAAAAUGCCUGCGCUUAGGAAAUUAACGAGGUCCAUUACGGGGACUAAUUUGGCCGGUCCCAGACGAGCAUUCUUGCGAGAUGUGCUCACGAAUAGGAGGUCGUGCCUGGAAGGUGUCGGCGUAUUAGCAGGAACUAAGGUAGUUAGGUUGCCGUACAGCGAAUCCGGUGACGAGACGCCUCUAUAGCGCUUCAAUACAGCUCGUGCAAUUACUGACUUUAUAUGGUGCAAUAAAAUGUUAUAGGUACUUGAAUGAGAGACAACCGUAUUGUGUGAAUUAGAUAAAGCAGUUAAUAGUGAUAGUGUUUGUAUUAACGUGUUUAUACGCUUCGGAAUUGUAGGAUAUAUGACGAAUGAGCUUGCCGCUAAUUAAAUUAUUCAUAUUGUCGUAAAAGGAAUUUAAGACGGAAUUUCAAGAUUAUGUACAAUUAACAAUUUGUUUGCGUUGGUUUGUAAAGAUGAAUUUCUGUCAGUAAAUAAUGGAGUACGUAAGCUGCAUACUAUAUUUGGUUUAGUCUUGUAGAUAGUAAUAUGUAUAAGUAUAAAUUCAAUGUAACUGGUCCACCUGACUAUUCAAAUACCUACUGUAACAUGCCGUCAAAUAUUCAAUCGUCAAAUAAAAUUAAUUAAAAUCUCAUCAAUUGCUAUAGCAAGCUUUAUAAAGCUUGUUACUACAAAUACAUGUUCAUACGUCUGUUUCAUUAUUGAACUUGCAUAGGACAAUGUCAAAAACAUUUAUUAGUUUGUAAUAACUUUGAAAUAACAAUCAGCUUUGGAAAUGAAGUUAUAUUUCAAUCGCGAAUUUUCUAGAAAGGUCUCAUCAUUGAUUAAUCUUUAAAAUAACGUGAUCCUAUUGAUCUAAUGUUCAUUAUUCGUCACAUGAUUUGAAGUUACUACGAAUUUUAAACAAGAAAGCAAGUAAUUUAAAUGUAAAGAAUUAUUUGUAAGUACAAUGUAUGUAGGUAUAGGGCAGUGCCUUAUAUCGUUGUUAUAGUUCGACAUGAAUAUAAUAUUUGUAAUGGAAGUUAAAUAUAUUGCAAUUAAUGUAUGUAUUGUAAAAAGUAUUUUAACGCGAGGCGUAAGCUUUACCGCACCAUUAGUUAGAAGUAAUAUAAGCAAUACCCUUUUAUUACGAACGUAUGAAUUAAAUGCACAAAUACAUUAACGCCGGACGUUUGAAAAAUCUGAUCUAAAAUAUAAUUUUCUUUUUAUUUACAACAUUUUGUUUCUUAUAAAUGAGUAGGUACGAGUAGAGUACCCGCACAUUGUAGACUUUUUAGUCAGCCGACAAAUUGAUCGGGCGCUUGAUAAGUACGGAGUGCGCACAUAACAACGACCCUUAUUAAGCCACAUUUUGAAUUCACAAUUUUCUCAACUAUCAGGCGACUGUAGGUCUGCAAUUUGCGGGUACUCUAACUCGUAUUGAAGAAAAUAAUGUAAUAUUAAGAAUGUCUUCAGGCGUAAAUGUUUUUCAAUGAAAAAUAAUUGCUUUGAUUUUUUUCUAAAUGUCUGAACCGAACGUCAAUUUCGUUUGAUGUUUUAAUCAAAAUAUUAUAAAAAAAUCUGAAUUAAAAUGUACCAAUUUCAGUUUAACAGUUUAUGUAAUAAUAUUUAAACAUGUAUGUCUACUGAUGAUUAAAAAAUAGUUGACUUAAUUUUUCUUGUAACUUAUUUUAAAGUGAAGAUAUUCUGUAGGUAUAAGUAUUUUUUUUUUGGUAUUAGAAUAAAAUAGACUAUUAAUAUUUCUGUCUGAUCUAAUUAUUUAUUUGGUCAUGUUCAAAUGUUGUAUAAAUAAUCUAAACGGUAGGCAAUCGCCAAAGUGAUAUUAAAAUAAGUAGCUUAUUAGGCUCGAUUCAAUUAAUGGCUUAUCCAUGGAACCAAUUAAGGUACUCACUAUUGAAUAAUUUAAAUAUUUUUAUUCGUAUUUAUAAAAUUAUUUUAUUUGUGAUCAGAUAUUUAUGAUUAUGCAUUAUAUAGGUUAUUGAGAUAUAAGCAAUUAUAUAUUUACCGUAGAACAAAAAACUUGUCGAAAUUACACAAAUUUAUCUUUUCCAUUGAAUUAUAUCCGUGUAUACAUUUUCUGUUAUUUAGGAGUUUGGUAUUUCAUUUGUACAAUUAAUACUUUAAAAUGUCCUGUUAUAGUGCUAGGUACAUAUUCAGGCUUUUUAUAAACCUACUUUUGAAUACUAAAUGAAGGCUUUAUUUCUGUGUAUGUCAACGCUUAUUGCUAGAGUUUAGGCCCCAUCACAAUAUACAAAAAUUCAGUAAUUCCAAAUUUCAAUAAGCCUUCACCAAAAAUAUAAAUACUUAGGUGAUGCUGUUUUUUCGUAAUACUUGUAAAAGAUUAUUUCCUUGAUUGUAUUUUACUGACAUAUAAAUAUUCUCAUGUGUACCCGUCCAAAUAUUCUCAAAUGGAUAACUAAUUAACAUAUUGUAUACCUAUACAAUUUUUUGUUCCGACUUUAAGUUCACAUUUGAAAACGCUUGUAAAUAAAAUAGUAUUUAAGGUAAAGGAACAAAUUAUAAAUUAUAUAAAGUGCCAAUGAAGUUAUUUGUAUAAUACGGUUUGAAUUAAACAUUGGAGCGAUUCAGAGUUGCGAAGUAACUUCGAGGGAUACUACGGGAGCACGCCUCGCGGUAUUGGAUUUGUUCAAGUUCCUCCGCGGGCUCUCUGCGAUCGCCAUGUUCACGACUUUCCACGAUAUAUAUGGAAAUUGUAUCAAACUUCUCUUUUCCGUGUUCUCGUAGUACCAACAUCCAAUUCAGUGUUACGUCGCAUAAAUAUAAAAGCUGUAUAAA